UAGAUUAUUUCUCAAUUAACCAAUAAUAUGUAUUGCGUAUGUACACAAGGUGCACUGGGUACCAAUUCAAUUGCUUUAGAGAAUAGGUCGUAUGAGAAAAACAAAAACUAAACGUGCGCAGCAAAUUGCGUAUCAGAAAUAAACCAUUAAUAUAGUAAAAAGCUGCGAUAUUAAUUUUUAAUUCCAUAAAAGAAAAACCAUAAAUAUUACAUGCUUUGUGAUAAGUGAGCCGUAUAUAAACCACUAGCUGCGCUGAUAACGCAGCGGCUUUGACUAGUAAAUUGCACGCUACUACAAAACUUACGGUAGAAAGAACAAGAAGAUGAGCACGCAUGCUGAAAGGAGGUGUGUCACGUAACUUCAUACGUUUUAUACAUCACGUUCGUAAACUGUGCUGAUAGCGGAGGAUUUGCCUCCUUUGAUUUCUAGUUUUCUUACUAUAAGAAGAAUGCAGUUUUGUGCACUUGAUAACCUUCUAGCUUGCACUGUCAAUUAAUAUUGAUUAUUAAAAACACAUAGAUUCUCUGGGCGCAAUACAUUGCGAGAGUACAUACAGCACGUGUAUUUAAAUAAUGUGACCAACCUUCUUAAUAAAAACAAAGGCAUAUUUAUUUUGUUUUACAAAUAUAUAUAUGCACAUACUCGUAUAUCAAUUUCCAUAAAAGUCGCACACAUUUACGUCAACGUUGGCACCUGAGUAAAUUACCUUUUAUGUUAAUUUGGUAUAAAUAUUUGCUAAAUUUAUAGUACAGUCGAACUUCUCUACAGUGAACUUCCAUAUAAUGAAGCUCUCCUUAUAAUGAACUGGUUUCGAAGACACUGCUUUUUCGUUCUACUUUCGGUGUAUUUUUGUCUCCUUAUAAUGAAUUUCUAUAUAGUGAAGUUUUCUAUAUAAUGAACAAAUUUUACAGCUGGAAAUUCAAGCGUCCUAAGUUUUUGUCUCCAUAUAGUGAAUUUUUUCAAAAGUUUUGUGUUGCAAAAAAUUACAGUUAGAUGUGGACAAACUGUAAUGAGGGGAAUCCCAAAAUUAAAACAGAAAAAGCUGAGCUAUUACAGUUUUAUUCAGUGAUUGAAGUUAAAAUGACGCAUCGAAGCAGCAUUUCGCUUGAAGAAAAGUUAUUAAUGAUUAACAAAGUUAAUGAAGGAAAGAAAAAAAAAAAAAUAUUGCCAAUGAAUUCGGAGUUCUUCCCAGCACUUUAUCAAAUAUUUUAAAAAAUAAGGAAGUGAUUUUAAAAAAUGCGGAGGAUUUGGCAGUAAAUACCAAACGCAAAAGACUUCGACCUUGUCAUUUUGAGGAUAUUGACGAAGCAAUGCUGAAAUGGUUACUCGUUGCACGUGGUAAGAAUCUCCCUUUAUGUGGACCAUUAUUGAAGCAAAAGGCCAAAGAUUUUGCGGAAGCACUAGGACACCACGAAUUUGAGGCAAGUACAGGUUGGUUAGACAAGUUCAAAAGUCGGCAUGGCGUUAUUCAAAAGACAUUAUGUGGGGAAAGUGCUGACGCCAACAUAGAAAACCGUGAUGAAUGGGUAACGAACGUCUUACCGAAAUUCAUUGAAAAUUACAACAUUAACGACAUUUUUAAUGCCGACGAGACUGCUUUGUUUUUCAAAUGCUUGCCAACUAAAACACUGGCAUUCAAAAAUUAAAAAUGCUUUGGUGGGAAGCAAAGCAAGGAGAGAAUAACUGUCCUGGUGGGAAGCAAUAUGACUGGAUCAGAAAAGCUAAAAUUGCUGGUAAUCGGAAAGGCCAAAAAUCCGAGGUGAUUCAAGGGAAUAAAAUCUUUAGGUGUCGAUUAUGAGUUUAACAAAAAAGCAUGGAUGACCAGUGAGAUUUUUACGAAAUGGAUUGUAAAACUCGACAAAAAAUUUUGUGAUCAAAACAGAAAGGUGUUGUUUUUUGUUGAUAACUGCACUGCCCACCCUAAAGAUGUAAGAGACAAGUUGAGAAACAUUCAUCUCGCUUAUUUUCCUCCCAACAUGACUUCGUUACUGCAACCAAUGGACCAAGGCAUUCUCUACAAUAUGAAACAACAUUACAGAAAACGAAUUUUAAUGAAUAUAUUGACUCAAGUGGAUGAGGGAAAUUCUGUUAUGGCCAUAGACUUGCUGCAAGCAGUUCGAAAUCUUAGCAAUGUAUGGAAUGUCUAUGUUAAACCAGAAACAAUUGCCAACUGUUUUAAAAAGGCUGGAUUUUCAAAAGAUGCUAUGCAGAUUCCAUUUGAGCAUUGGGCUGAAGAGGACCUUCUUUCAAUAUCAGAUUUGGCUGCUUUACAGUCUUCAUUUAAAAAAGUAGCAAAUAUCGAAGCAUCGUUUGAUGACUACGUAAAUGUUGAUAAUGGUGUGCAGACUUCGGACAACCCAUCCGAAGAAGAUAUUCUCAACAGCAUUUUUGAAAGUCGCGGAGUUCCAGCUGAACCUGAUAACGAUGAACACGAUUUGACCGUUGAAAAAUUGGCAGAAACUGAGGAGGCAUUACCUACGUUGAUACAAGCUGCUUCAUCCAUUAGCGUAAUUAGAACCUUUGUGGAAAUGAGGAGUGACGUGCCGAUUAAUGUUUUCAACUCUCUACAUGAUUUGGAAGCUUUUAUUGAAAAUGAAAAAUGGAAGGCUGUAAUUCAAACCAAACUCACUGAUUAUUUUAAAUAAAAUUACAUAAAAAAUCAAUGUUUCUUUAUAAUGAAGUUUCUAUAUAGUGAAGUGAUUUUCAGGUCCCGUGCGAAUUCACUAUAUGGAAGUUCGACUGUAUUUGUAUGUAACAGAGUACUCCACCAUGGUUGGAUUGAGUAGGGCCUGUUGAAGAAAAAUCACGCAUUCUGCAAUAUCAAAUACUUCACAUGUAACAAUAAAAAAAAGUUAAAUCACAUUAAAAAUAUUAAUAUAAAAAAAACAAAGAUUAGUCGUGUUUAAUAACACAAAAAUUCUUAUUAGAAAUUCGUAAUAUUUUCAAGUAUCUAAGCGUUCGUUAACGCCGAAAAAUUAUCCACUACUCAAAAAUUGAGAGGUUAUCUAUGAUUGUGAGAGCGAAGUGACAGUUUGAUGCCAGAGAAACGCUUAUUUUAUGCUAUAGAAGUUUUAGCCUACAAAAAUAGUCCGUCACGAUAAAAUUUGAUCUGCAAGCAUACGAUUGAACUUUUUGUAAACAAACAAAUGAAGUUUUUAUGGAAUUUCAUAUUUUGUGCUCAUCUGUCUUGCGCUGGUUUUCAAAUGGGGGUUUAUAGUUAGAAGCGAUAAAGGGGAAAAUGUAUCAACAAGAAACCUGAGUAUAUAAAGUAUAUUUGUGGUAAUUUUUUUGGGCAACUCAAAAAUUUACAAGCCAACCCAGCUUAUAGUCUUCUUCUACCGGUUUUUGCAAGUGAUGGCCAAUUUUCCGUAACUUUUUUGCUUUUUCUUUAUUCUCUUGGGAGAGAAUUUUCACUUACGCUUUUGAUUUUGAUUGGUAGAUGGUGGUGGCUAAUUUUGUUGUCGAACAUAACUAUCGGGUGCUUUUUUAGCUGCGUGAGAUCUAUCGACAUGAAUAACUAUUGUUUCAUAGCUGAAAAUGGCAA